GGAUUAUUAUUCUUAUUUCUCUCCUACUUCUCCAUAAUGCGGCUUUGUUUGUUCUUUUGUGAGCGUGUGAUGUUGACAUGACUGAUAAUAGGCCCCGUCCAUAGCUCGCAUCCAGAGGGUCAAGAAUUCCUGCACUUCCUGCCUGAUGAUGAAGGCAAGGGCGCAGCCAACUCCCCUGGGGUUAAUGGACAGGGACCAUCCUGGUGGUGGUGGGGAGGAUGGGGGUGAAUAUCGGCUACUUCAACUGCGAACGCAAACAAAGGUAUGUCUCAGAGGAGUAAAGCAUCUACUAAGGAAAGCCCCUCCUCUGGUCCUCAGUCCUCAUCAGAUGCAUCAACUCUACGCUCUGCUCUUCGCAACUCCUCCAAAGAUUCCAAAAACUCAGGACAGAGAUUUACUCCCAGAGGAAUUAGAUGAGCUGCAUGUAGCGUUUAAAGAGUUUGAUUAUGAUCAGGACGGAUACCUGCACUAUAAAGAUGUUGCGGACUGCAUGAGAACUAUGGGAUACAUGCCGACAGAAAUGGAACUGAUUGAGAUCAUUCAGCAAAUCAAAAUGAAAUGGGGGGGACAUGUGGACUUUGAUGAUUUUUGUGAACUAAUGGGACCCAGGAUGCUGGCUGAGACUGCACAUAUGGUCGGUCUAAGAGAGCUGCAAUGUGCUUUCAAACAGUUUGACUGCGACGGUGAUGGACGGAUCAAUUUUGAGGAGCUGAAGGAAUCCACAAAGACGCUGCUCGGCGAGAAACUGAAGAAAGGAGAACUGGAAGACAUUCUGACAGACAUCGACCUCAAUGGAGAUGGGAAUGUGGACUUUGAUGAGUUUGUUAGGAUGCUGUCUAUUCGGUAGCUGAAUGUUUUUCCAUAUUUGAGAGCUGAAUCGCCGAUCAUCAACCCACCUAAGCCAUCAUCACUCAAGUUGCUAAAUACAUUGUGUAUUUAUGAAAUCACAUAAAAUU